GUUUGUUUAUACGCUGAAGAACGGGGCAAGCGUAAUGGCGGCCGACAGGCUGUGAUGAGCUAGCGAAAAUAGCCCAGGAACCCGCAGUCCAGACCUUGGGAAAGAACAACAAUUUCUAGUCGACAUUUGCGAAACGGCUCACUGCCAAAAUGCAGAUCACACUGAAAACCCUCCAGCAGCAGACGUUUAAGAUCGACAUUGAUGCAGAAGAGACGGUAAAGGCCUUAAAGGAGAAGAUCGAGAGUGAGAAAGGGAAGGAGAGCUUUCCAGUGGCUGGCCAGAAGUUGAUCUAUGCAGGCAAAAUCCUUAACGAUGACACGGCACUCAAAGAGUACAAGAUAGAUGAGAAGAACUUUGUGGUCGUCAUGGUAGCAAAGCCUAAAGCAGCACCAGCAGCUACUACGCCCCCAACCUCCACCUCCACAGCGACCAGCACUACAACUCCCACAACCACCUCGUCUACGACCGCUGUGGCUAGCCAAGCCCCCGCGGAGAGUGCCCCAAAGGAGGACAAACCGGCCGAGGAGAACCCCCCUCCCAGUGCGGCGCCCUCUUCCACCACCACGCCUGCCAGAUCUCCUGGUUUGACAAAUGUGAACAUAUUUGAAGAAGCCACAUCUGCUUUGGUAACCGGCCAGUCGUAUGAGGACAUGGUGACUGAGAUCAUGCUGAUGGGGUAUGAACGAGAGCAGGUGGUGGCUGCCCUGCGUGCCAGCUUCAACAACCCAGACCGAGCCGUUGAGUACCUGCUCACGGGCAUCCCUGUGGAGAGUGAGGGCACUGCAGGUGGUGCUGACCCAGUGGCUCCAUCGGGGGGAACCCCGGCCGCCUCCACGGGCCUCUCCUCGCCGUCCAGCACGGCCCCGACACAGCCCAGCAGCGGCUCUGCCGCGAACCCUCUGGAGUUCCUAAGGAACCAGCCACAGUUUCUACAAAUGAGGCAGAUCAUACAGCAGAACCCAUCACUGCUGCCAGCCCUGCUCCAACAGAUCGGCAGAGAGAACCCCCAGCUACUGCAGCAAAUCAGCAGCCACCAGGAGCAGUUCAUUCAGAUGCUUAAUGAGCCUGCCCAGGAGGCAGGGCAGGGUGGAGGUGGUGGGGGUGUGGCUGAAGCUGGAGGUGGGCACAUGAACUAUAUACAGGUCACGCCCCAGGAAAAGGAAGCCAUUGAGCGGCUAAAGGCCUUAGGUUUCCCAGAAGGACUAGUUAUCCAGGCCUACUUCGCCUGUGAGAAGAAUGAGAACCUGGCCGCUAACUUCCUUUUACAACAGAACUUCGACGAUGACUAAAGGGAGAUGUAGUUGUACUGAUGUACACAACCCUCCCCUCCCCAAUAAAACCCUUUUAUUUGUCUUCUCUCUAUUGAUCGUAUUAGGAUAAAUGAGAGAUGAUAAAAUUAUAUACAUGCAUACACACAGGCAGUCAUGGUUUCUUUGACUUUCCCCCCCCCCCUUUUUUGGGUCCUAUUCUGACACACUGGACGACGACAUCAACGUCUGUGCUUUGUAAAGGUGCGUGAUCUCCUAAUUGGAGGUAAAGGUCCACUGGCACCCACAGGCCCCCCUUCCUCAUGUCUGCUGUCACCUUUUUUCUUUUUUAAAAAACUGUCAAUUUUUUUUGGGGGGGGGGUUGUUUUUCCAUUAUAAGGAAAUGAGUGCUGGUUUAAAAAAAAAACACAUUUGAAUGCCACAGUAAUGUUUUCUGAUUGGUGGACAGGUUUUGUUUAACAGCAUAGUGUUUGCUAAUGCAGUUUUCUUUUCUCUCACCUGGACAAGGCCUAGGCGUGAACAUCUCUCCUCACGUCUCGUGCUCUCUCGCUCCCUUACUGUUUUUUUCUUUCUCGUAAUUGACCAGUAGAGGGAUUCCAAAACACUUUAAACUGCAGUUUUAAAAGACAGUUAAAGAUUUUUAAAGCAGCAAGAGUGCUAUGUUACCAUUUCUAUUUUUGUUUUAUUAAAAACAAUAAAAGGAAAAAGCAGUC